AGGACUGGGAGGACUGGGAGGACUGGGACUCUGCUGCUGCUUCUGAAGUCAGUGUCAGAGGGAGCGUGGAAUCGUGCUGCUGUGUUGUUGUUUGCAGACACUUCAGGGACUCGCUGUCACAGACACCCAAAAGUACUGCGCUCAGUUUGGAGUGAUUUUCCUUUUGGCGUCCGUCCAACCCUCGGGCCUCCUGCCGCCUGCAGCUUUCACUCUCGCCUUAUCUCCUUGUGUCAACACACAGCACGUGCACGCCCCUCCUGCGCGCUCACAGUCGCUCUGGGAGACUCUUUGCACGGACAAAUAGGACACGAGGACACGCUCAAAACUUCGUCCCGCUCUUCAGCCUGUGUGGUGAAACAUUAAAUCAUGGGCGCCAGCGACCCCGCCAUGACCUCUGACCCCGUGAGGUCACCCCCUCCCGCCUGCCGCCGGAGUCCCUUCAACAGCAUCAAGGUCUUCGUGUUGUGUCACAGUCUGCUGCAGCUGGCGCAGCUGCUGGUGUCGGGCUACAUGAAGAGCUCCAUCUCCACCAUCGAGCGGCGCUACGGCCUCUCCAGCCAGAAGUCCGGGCUGCUGGCGGCGUUCAACGAGGUGGGGAACACGGUGCUCAUCGUGUUCGUCAGUUUUUUGGGGAGUCGAGUUCACCGACCGCGGUUCAUCGGGGGCGGAGCUCUGCUGGCCAGCCUGGCCUCGCUGCUGAUGUCACUGCCGCACUUCCUGGGAGGACCGUACGAAUACACCGACCGCAUCAGCUCAGCCUUCAACUCCAGCCUCUGCCAAUCAGAGAGCAGCCCGGUCACCUCCUCCUCCAAUCAGAGCUGCAGCCGGACGGAGAGCCGCGCCCAGCAGUGGGUGUACCCCCUGCUGCUCCUUGGUCAGCUGCUGCUGGGCAUCGGAGCCGUCCCCAUCCAGCCCUUCGGCAUCUCCUACAUCGACGACUACGCCAGCAGGAAGAACUCCCCACUCUACCUCGGGAUCCUCCUCGCCGUGACCUCCAUCGGCCCGGCCGUCGGCUUCGUCAGCGGCUCCCUCAUGCUGCGAUUCUACGUGGACUUUGACAAGCUGUCCAGAGAUCAGAUCCAGCUGAACCAUAAGGACCUGCGCUGGGUGGGCGCCUGGUGGCUGGGCUUCCUGUUGGCGUCCUGCCUCCUCUUCCUCGCCGCGCUGCCGUACCUCUUCUUCCCCAGAGACAUGCAGAGAGAGGACAGCAGCGAAGACAUCGAGUCCUCAGCGAACUGUAAGCAGCAGCAGCAGCAGACAGAGACACUGCAGGAAACGUCUCUCCUCGAGUUCCUCAAAAGUUUUCCCCGUAUCGCCCUGCGGAUGCUGCGGAGUCCCGUCUACCUGUUGGUGGUUCUGGCGCAGGUCAACCUGGCGGCGCUGCUGGCCGGCCUUGCCACCUUCAUGGCCAAAUUCAUCGAGAGACAGUUCAGCCAGUCCGUCCCCUUCUCCACCAUGAUGAUCGGAGGCGUCUGUAUCCCGCUGGCAGUGUUGGGAACCGUCCUGGGCGGCGUUCUGAUGCGGCGGUUGAAUCUUUCGGUCCGAGGUGCCAGCAAGCUGUGCACCGCCGCCAUCGUGCUCGGCCUGUUCUCCGCCACGCCGCUGCUGCUGAUCGGCUGCCCAACGCAGACCGUCGCAGGAGUCUUUCCCAACAGGACUGAUGUGUUGUCGUGCAGCGCUGCCUGCCGCUGUCCUCAAGACGCCUUUAACCCGGUCUGCGGCUCGGACGGCGUGGAGUUCAGGUCGCCGUGUCACGCCGGCUGCGACGUCAUAGAGAUGCAUUUCAACGGCAAAAGAAACACAACCUACACUGAGUGUCGGUGUGUGGGCGGUCUCGGUGUGGCGUACCCGGGGACCUGCGGCACCGGCUGCUCGCACCUCCUGCUGCCCUUCGUGUCUCUGCUCGGCCUCACCGCCUUCGUCGCCUCCUUCUCCCAGACGCCGUCCUACAUGAUGAUCCUCAGGACGGUGUCUGCAGAGGACAAGUCUUUCGCAGUGGGAGUUCAGUACAUGCUGUUCAGGGUUCUCGCGUUCAUGCCCGGCCCGGUGUUGUACGGCAGCGUCAUUGACACCUGCAUCCUUUGGGGCGAGAAAUGCGGCAAGCAGACUUCCUGUCAGUACUACGACCUGGACCGCUUCAGACAGAGGUUUCUGGGUCUGCAGGUGGUCUUCGUGUGCGGCGGGCUGCUCUGCUUCCUGCUGACCGUGGUCGUCCUGCGCCGGAGGGCCGGACGCCAGGCGCCUCAGCGGGAAAGUAAAGGCGGCUACGAGCUGGUGAACGGACAGAAAACGCCCGAGAAAACUUCGGCCAAAGAAAGAGAGCUGCAGACCUGAAGAGACGCGACGAGACACGGCAGAAAGAGAGACGCAGAGAAGCUGAACGAGGAGGAGGAGGGCUUCAGAGAGUUUUCUUAGAUGGUCUCAAAGUGACGCUGCGGCGUUCAUUGCAGAGACAUUGCUUCAUUUUCUGCAGGAAAGAGCCACAAAAAGCAAAUAUUUUCUGCCCAGCGUUUCCUGUCGGGACAGUCCCACAAAAAGCCAAAACAUAACCGAGACGUGUUUGUGCCUAAAGCGAACCAAACAUUGUUGGUGAAGUUUUACGGUAUAAGCUACAUAAUAAUACAUCAUAUAAUGUAUGUGUGCUUUGCAAAAACACAGAGAGCCAACACUUUCUCUUUGGACAGAGCUGAUUGUUUUUCCGCUCUGCUGUCGGAUUACUGAUGUGUCUGUUUUUUUUACAAAGUCUAAUCCGCCUCCACUUUUAUAAUCUGUGGCGGCGUAAAAUAAGCUGCACUUCCUCUAAUGGCCACUAGAUGCUGCUGUAAGAAGCCUCUGACUUGCCUGAAAAGGGAAAACUCGAGAGAUAAAAGUGAAAUAUAUAAACUGUUUUUGUUUUUUCACACGUUCCUGAUUCCAGGAAGAUAAAUCCUCCCGACUUUGGUGAUUAUUUGACCUUUUUUUCUCUGGUGCCACCAGCAGGUCAAACUUUCCACGGGAGAUAAAAACUCAUAAAAACUCAUAAAAACUUUAGUGUUAUCAUAGAAUAUUUGUCAUUUUGUACAUAUAUUAAAACAGCUUUUACUCUAAAAAUCAAAAUCACAUAUAUAUUUUUUAAGCAAUGAAAAUGCACAACAAAAUAUACCGCAAUAAAAUAUACCUUUUUCUUUUUUUUAAUCAAAGUGAUAUUUUUUAUACUUUAUCCUGAUGAGCCUUUAAAAAAAUCCCAAAAAAAAAAUAAUUUUUUACUGAACUUUGUACAUUUCAGACAUUCAAACACAGUUUAUUACGACAGUCUGAACUCCUCAGUCAUAUUAUCCUGAUUUUAUCAAAAGUUAUUUUCUGAGUUACUUUUUUCUGUGUUUGUUUUUCAUGCAUUGUUUUGUAAAUGUUUUUUGUGAACACACUUUAUGAAAUGACGUGGAGUUUUUCCUCCAGAGCCACUGAGCAGCACUGCAGCAACGACUCAACUCUGCACUCUGAACUUUUCCUGUUUUAAAAAAAAAGUGUCUUUUGCAUCAUUUUGUUAAAGCGUGCGAGAGAAGAGUUUUUCAGAUGUGACGCAGACUAAACACGACGAAACACUGUGAGCAUCUUUUUCUGUGACUUUUAAACACUGAACUUCAGUCCGAUGUGGUUCUUGUUCUCAGUUCUUUGUCAUUUGGUGUGUUUUCAUCGAGCCAAACGCCCAAAUAUCUGCGAUCUGUGACGAGUUAAAUUUGGGCCUCAUUCGGUGGGCGGGUGCGCUUGCCGUCAUGAUCUCACUUCCUCCUUAAAAAUUCGGUCCUGGACUCAGUUUGAUCCAAUCUGAAGGAUUUCUGCACACUGAAGAGUUCAGGGUUUGCUCCACAGACGUGGCUGAGGCAGAAAGGGUGGUGUCGUCCGCAUAAAAAUGGACUUUCCUGUUUGUAUGCGAUGUGAACAGCAGCUGUUGAGAUUUUUGUUUAUUAAUCAAAGUUAAAGUUCGUCUGAGCGACUCUGAAUAAAUACGUAAAAACACA